CCUUCCCCAGCCCCACCCUCUCCCGGCUCCCUGCUCCUUUCCGGCGGCAGCUAGGGUCCCCGCCAGGUCGGGGCGUCCCCCCAGCGCCCCCAGCGCCCCUGCAGUGACCCCCAGCACCCUGUCCCAAGCACCCCCAGCGCCCCUGGAUCGCCCCUACCGGCGGUAUGGCGGGCCCUGCGGGCCGGGGGAGCGUGGAGGAGGGCCGGGGGCGCGUGGAGGAGGACCGAGAGGCGCUGCGGAAGCUGACGGUGCGGCUGCGGCACGUGCAGGAGGGCCAGCAGGUGGGCACGCUGCUGCAGACGCUGGAGGACGCGCUGCUGCUCACCUACACUGACCACGCCCCCCAGCUUUUCCAGGACCAGAACAUGCACGUGCCGCUGCUGGUGGUCCUGGACUCCUACCUGAGCAUCCCCAGCGUCCAGCAGCUGGGUUGGUCACUUCUAUGCAAGUUGAUAGAAAUUUGUCCGAAUACACUGCAAAGCCUAAUGGGACCCCGUGAUGUUGGUCGUGAUUGGGAAGUCCUGGGCGUCCACCAACUGAUUCUGAAGAUGCUGACGGCCCAUAGCUCCAGUGUGAGCCUGUCCACAGUGGGCCUGAGGGCCCUGGAUCUCCUCCUCACUUCAGGUAAAAUCACUCUGCUGAUCCUGGAUGAAGACAGUGACAUUUUCCUACUGAUUUUUGAUGCCAUGCGCACCUUCUCAGCCAGUGACGAAGUCCAGAAACUUGGAUGCAAGGCUCUCCGUGUGCUGUUCGAGAGAGUUUCAGAGGAGCAGCUAACUGAGUUUGUGGAGAAUAAAGAUCAUGUGAUUCUGCUAGAUGCACUGAACCACUUUAAGGAGGACGAGGAGAUCGUGCUUCAUGUAUUGCACUGUUUGAACUCCCUGGCAGUUCCUUGCAGUAAUGUGGAAGUCCUCAUGAGUGGCAAUGUCAGGUGCUAUAAUCUUGUGGUGGAUGCCAUGAAGAUGUUUCCUGAUGAGGAGAGAAUUCAGGAAGUGAGCUGCUGUCUGCUGCACCGGCUGACAUUAGGUAACUUUUUUAACAUCCUAGUUCUGAACGAGGUGCAUGAGUUCGUGGUGCAGGCCCUGCAGAGGUUCCCACAGAAUGCAGCCCUGCAGCUCGCUGCCCUCAGCUGCCUGGCGCUUCUCACGGAGACCAUCUUCUUAAAUCAUGACCUGGAGGAAAAGAGUGAGAGUGGGGAGAACGAGCAGUACAAGGAGGAGGAGGAGGAGGAGGAGGAGGAGGAGGAGCUGUUCUGGCUGGAGGCCUGCUACAGAGCUCUGACCAGGCACAGGAAGGACAAGCACGUGCAGGAGGCUGCGUGCUGGGCACUUAAUAAUCUCCUUAUGUACCAGAACAGUUUACACAAGAAGAUUGGUGAUGAAGAUGGCCAGUUCCCCGCGCACAGGGAGGUGAUGCUGUCCAUGCUGAUGCACUCCUCCUCCAAAGGCGUCUUCCAGGCCUCUGCAGACGCCCUGUCAACUCUACUGGAGCAGAACGAUAAUUUUAGGAAGAUUCUGCUGUCGAAAGGCAUAUUCCUGAAUGUGUUGGAGCUCAUGCAGAGGCACAUACAAUCUCCACAAGUGGCUGAGAGUGGCUGCAAGAUGCUGAACCAUCUUUUUGAAGGAAGCCACACUUGCCUGGAUACUGUGGCUGCUGUGGCUCCCAGGAUUCUGACCAUCAUGAGGAGCCAUGCGACGAUGCCAGGGGUACAACUGGCCGCCCUGCGUACCCUGGUGCACUUCCUGGCCCCGGCCAUUCCAGAAGAAUCCAAGGAAGAUACUGAAGAGCAGCAGCACAAGCUGAUUGUGUUUCAAAAGGAAUGCAUGCAGAAUGAGAUGCCCAAGCUGGUGCUAGCAUCUCUGAACAGGUUCAUCGGUAACCCUGGGAUUCAGAAAUGUGGGCUGAGUGUCCUGUCCUGGAUGGCACGGGUCCCCGAGGCACCUGAGGUGCUGGCUCUGGAGGGGGCGCUGGACUCGGUGCUGCACACCCUGGAGAUGUUCCCCGAUGACCACGGUAUUCAGUGUUUGGGUCUCAGUCUUGUGGGGCACUUGGUCACCAGGAAGACUCUGUGCAUUGGGACUGGACACCUGCUGGCCAAGAUCCUGAUUUCCAGCCUCCAGCGGUUCACAGAUGCUACUGACCUGCAGACAGAGGGAUUUCAGACAGUUCUGAAGAUCCAGGAGCUAUGGGCACCAUUCUCCAAGCUGCUGCUGCACCACUCGUUCGAGUCCAUCCUUUUCCACCAGAUGACCUCCAGCGCCGUGGAGCCCCAGGACUGGCAGCUGCUGCACCUGUGUUGCAAGUGCUUUGCCAAGGUGGCCCUGGACGAGGAGCUGAAGGGCAUCCUGCUGCAGAGAGCCUGUGAGCAGAACGACAGCACCAUGGCCGAGUGCUUGCUGCUGCUGGGGGCUGACGCCAACCGAGCCACAGAGCCAGAGCCUUUGAUCUGCCAGGUGUGCGAGAAGGCCAGCAGCCCCCGGUUGGUGGAGCUGCUGCUGGAUGGCGGCUGCCGGGAGCAGGACGUGCGCACAGCGCUGACCAUCAGCCUGGGAAGGGGUGACGGCAGGGUCAUCAGCCUGCUGCUGCGGCGGCUGGCCCUGGACCUGGCCAACAGCAGUGUUUGCCUGGGCGGCCUUUGCCUGGGCAGCCUCCAGCCAUCCUGGCUCAUCCCUUUGUUUCCACACAGGACUCCCAGUGUCCGCAGAGAAACAAACCUUGGGUCCACCCUGGCCAGGAUGGUGCUCAGGUAUCAGAGGCUUAGUGUGGCUGAGAACAGGGCGGCCUCCGGCUGUGACCACAAUGCUGCUGAAGAAGAUGGGCUUGACAAGUUGGAUGACUGGACCUUCCUUCCCGAGUGUUUUGUGGACAAUGUGUUUGGUCAGAAUGAUGACCUGGAUAGUGAAGGAAGUGAAGGCUCAUUUCUUGUGAAAAAGAAGUCCAAUUCAAUUAAUGUAGGGGAAUUUUACCGAGGUCCUGCCUUGCAACAUUGCUCUCCGACUUUGCAAAGGCAAACCAGCUCGUUGGGACCCACGUUUGAUCAGGAAGAUUCACGGAAGCAAAAAAGAAAAAAGUUGCUCUCAGAUGAUUCAUUCUGGUCCUUGAAAGCUCACACAAGGCCCUCAGACAGCACCUCUCUGCUGACCUGUGAGCGAGAGCACAUCACGUCGCUGGACCUCUCAGCUAAUGAGCUGCGGGAUGUGGAUGCCCUGGGCCAGCCAGGGGUGCUCAGCAGGCCCCUGGAGCACCUGCAGAGGCUGGAGCUGCAGCAGAACCUUCUGUCUAGCUUCCCACCACUGCUCUGUGAUACCCUGAGGAGUCUGACAUACUUGGACUUGCACAGCAAUAAGUUCACUUCGUUUCCCUCUCACUUGUUGAAAAUGAACCGGAUCGCCAGCCUGGACGUCUCUCGGAAUGACAUCGGGCCCUUGGUGGCUUUGAAUCCUGCUGUGAAAUGUGCAACCCUGAGGCAGCUGAACCUGUCCUACAAUCAGCUGUCAGCUCUUCCCGAGAACCUGGGCUCCGUGGUGGGAAGACUGGAGCAGCUCCUCCUGGAAGGAAAUAAAAUAUCAGGAAUAUGUUUGCCCUUGGACCUCAAGGAACUGAAGAUGUUAAACCUUAGCAAAAACCACAUUUCUUCACUGCCAGAGGACUUUCUGGAAGCGUGUCCGAAAGUGGAGAGUUUCAGUGCCCGGAUGAAUUUUCUCUCUGCUAUGCCGUUUUUGCCUUCUUCUGUGACAAACCUAAAAUUAUCUCAAAAUAGAUUUACUUCUGUCCCAGAAGCGAUUUUAAACCUCCCACACCUGCGCUCCCUGGACCUGAGCAGCAAUGAGCUGCAGAGUGUUCCCAGUCCUGCCCACUGGCGCUCCCUGAGCCUUCGAGAGCUGCUGUUCAGCCACAACCAGAUCAGCAGCCUGGACCUGAGUGAGAAGGCGCACACCUGGGCCCGUAUGGAGAAAUUGCACCUUGCUUACAACAGGCUCAAGGAGAUUCCUCCCGAGAUUGGCUGUCUGGAGAACCUGACAUCUCUUGAUGUCAGUCACAACUCGGAACUCAGAUCCUUUCCCAAUGAAAUGGGAAAGCUAAACAAGAUAUGGGAUCUUCCUCUGGAUGAACUGCGCCUCAACUGCGAUUUUAAACAUGUGGGAUGUAAAGCAAAAGACAUCAUCAGGUUUCUUCAGCAGCGGUUGAAGAAGGCUGUGCCCUAUAACAGGAUGAAGCUCAUGGUGGUGGGCAACACUGGUAGUGGCAAGACCACCUUGCUGCACCAGCUGAUGAAAACCAAAAAGUCAGAGCCAGGGGCGCCGGGGACCACGGUGGGCAUCGAUGUCAAGGACUGGCCCAUCCACAUCCGAGGCCGGGGGAAGCGGGACCUCACCCUGAACGUCUGGGACUUCGCAGGUCAGGAGGAGUUCUACAGCACACACCCCCACUUCAUGACCCCGCGAGCCCUCUACCUGGCUGUGUACGACCUCAGCAAGGGGCCGUCCGAGGUGGACGCCAUGAAGCCAUGGCUUUUCAACAUAAAGGCCCGGGCCUCCUCCUCCCCAGUGAUCCUCGUGGGAACGCACCUGGAUGUGUCAGACGAGAGGCAGCGCAGAACCUGCAUCAGCAAGAUCACUAAGGAGCUGCUCAACAAGCGAGGCUUCCCGGCCAUCCGUGACUACCACUUUGUGAAUGCCACGGAGGAGUCUGACGCCUUAGCCAAGCUGCGCAAGACCAUCAUCAACGAGAGCCUGAACUUUAAGAUCCAAGACCAGCCUGUGGUGGGGCAGCUGGUUCCCGACUGCUACGUGGCCCUGGAGAAGGUCAUUCUGUCAGAGCGUAAGAACGUGCCCCCGGAGUUUCCUGUCAUUGGCCGGAAGCACCUGCUUCAGCUGGUGGAGGAGAAGCAGCUGGAGCUGGAUGAAAACGAGCUUCCACACGCGGUCCACUUCCUCAACGAGUCAGGCGUCCUCCUACACUUCCAAGACCCAGCUCUGCAGCUAAGCGACUUGUAUUUUGUGGAACCCAAGUGGCUCUGCAAAGUCAUGGCCCAGAUUUUGACGGUGAAAGUUGAAGGCUGUUCAAAACACCCCAAAGGAAUCAUUUCACGGCGAGAUGUGGAAAACUUUCUUUCUAAGAAAAAGAGAUUCCCCAAGAACUACAUGUCACAGUACUUUAAACUCCUUGAAAAAUUUCAGAUUGCCUUGCCUAUAGGAGAAGAAUAUUUGCUGGUUCCAAGCAGUCUGUCCGACCACAGGCCUGUGAUUGAACUUCCACACUGUGAGAACUCCGAGGUCAUCGUCCGGCUCUAUGAGAUGCCUUACUUCCCAAUGGGCUUCUGGUCCAGACUCAUCAGCCGCUUGCUGGAGAUUUCGCCCUACAUGCUCUCUGGGAGAGAACGAGCCCUCCGCCCAAAUAGGAUGUAUUGGAGGCAAGGCAUCUAUUUGAACUGGUCUCCGGAAGCCUACUGUCUGGUGGGAUCUGAAGUCCUGGACCGUCACGCAGAGAGUUUCUUGAAAAUUACGGUUCCCUCUUGCAGGAAAGGCUGCAUUCUUCUGGGCCAAGUCGUAGACCACAUUGACUCUCUCAUGGAAGAGUGGUUUCCUGGGCUGCUGGAAAUUGAUGUUUGUGGUGAGGGAGAGACCCUGCUGAAGAAGUGGGCUCUGUACAGCUUCAACGACGGUGAAGAGCACCAGAGGAUCUUACUUGACGACUUGAUGAGGAAGGCUGAGCAAGGAGACCUGCUGGUCAGCCCAGACCACCCCCGGCUCACUGUACCCAUAGCCCAGAUAGCCCCCGACCUGAUUCUGGCCGACUUGCCGAGAAAUAUCAUGCUGAACAAUGACGAACUUGAAUUUGAACAAGCUCCAGAGUUUCUCUUGGGGGAUGGCAGUUUUGGAUCUGUGUACCGAGCAUCCUAUGAGGGGGAAGAGGUAGCUGUGAAGAUCUUCAACAAGCACACAUCACUGAGGCUGUUAAGACAGGAACUGGUGGUUCUCUGCCGCCUUCACCACCCCAGCCUGGUGUCUCUGCUGGCCGCGGGUGUCCGUCCGCGCAUGCUGGUGAUGGAGCUGGCUGGCCGCGGCUCCCUGGACCGGCUGCUGCAGCAGGAAGGUGGCCUCCCCCGCACCCUGCAGCACAGAAUCGCCCUACACGUGGCUGACGGCCUCAGGUACCUACACUCAGCCAUGAUCAUCUACCGAGACCUGAAGCCCCACAACGUGCUACUCUUCACACUCUACCCCAAUGCCGCCGUCAUUGCCAAGAUUGCUGACUAUGGCAUUGCUCAGUACUGCUGCCGGAUGGGCAUCAAAACCUCAGAGGGCACACCAGGCUUUCGAGCACCUGAGGUUGCUCGAGGAAAUGUUAUCUACAACCAGCAGGCUGAUGUCUACUCCUUUGGCUUGCUGCUCUAUGACAUCCUGACCAAUGGAAGCAGGAUUGCGGAGGGCUUGAAGUUUCCUAACGAGUUCGAUGAGUUGGCAAUACAAGGGAAGUUGCCUGAUCCCGUUAAAGAAUAUGGCUGUGCUCCAUGGCCGAUGAUCGAGAAGUUAAUUAAAAAGUGUUUGCAAGAAAAUCCUCAAGAGAGACCCACUUCUGCUCAGGUCUUUGACAUCUUGAAUUCCCCAGCACUCGUCUGCCUGAUGAGACUGGUGUCCCUCCCUGACAAUCUCCUUGUUGAGUGUAUGGCUGCCUCCAGUCAGAACGGCAAGCCCGGAUGUGUCUGGCUGGGCUGCGGGCUCCCUGACAAGGGACAAGUCUUGGUUCUGGAUUUGAACGCCGAAGAACUCAAUUCUGAGGAAGUGGCUGACAGCCGGAUCCUGAGCCUGGCCCUGGUGCAGUUCCCAGCUGAGAAAGCCGUCUGGGCUGUGUGUGGGACACAGUCGGGGACACUCCUGGCCAUCAACACCAAGGACAGGAGGGAGAAGCACAACCUGCAGAGGAUGGGUGACUCAGUCACAUGCCUGUACAGCACAUCCUCCAGGCAAAGCAAGCAAAAAAAUUUUCUUUUGGUGGGAACUGCUCAUGGUGAAUUGGUAAUUUUUGAAGAUACAGCAGUGAAGUAUAAAGGAGCUGCCCCUCUGAAGACACUGAACCUGGGGGACGUGAGCACCCCACUGAUGUGCCUGAGUGAAUCCAUGGUCUCAGCUGAGAAGAGUAUCACAUGGGGAGCUUGUGGCACCAAGAUCUUCUCUCUGUCGUCGGACUUCACCAUCCAGAAGCUCAUCGAGACCCGGACAAGCCAGCUGUUCUCCUACCGGACCUUCAGCGACUCCAGCAUCAUUGCCGUGGUGGUUGACAGCGUUCUCUACGUCGCCAAGAAGAACAGCCCUUUCGUGGAGGUGUGGGAUAAGAAGACGGAGAAGCUCUGCCAGCUCAUAGAUUGUGCGCUUUUCCUAAAGGAGGAGAUGUCCAGAGUGAGCCCGGGGUCGCAGCCCAGAAUGCCGUACUGUGGGCGAGUGAAGACGCUGUGUCUGCAGAAGAACACGGCCCUCUGGGUGGGCACAGGGGGUGGCCACAUCCUGCUGCUGGACCUGUCUACCCGCCGUGUCCUGAGAGUGAUCCACAACAUCUGUGACUCUGUGCGAGCGAUGAUGACAGCACAGUCAGGCAGCCUUAAGAAUGUCAUGCUGGUGUUGGGGUAUUCCCAGAAAAAUAGUGAAGACACAGGACACCCAAGAGAGUUGCAAUCUUGCUUGUCUGUCUGGGACAUCAAUCUUCCCCAUGAAGUGCAGAAUUUAGACAAACACAUUGAAAUGAGACAAGAACUAGCUGAAACAAUGAGAAGAAUACCUCUUGAAUAAGUGGAUAGAAACAGUUAAUCUCGCCUCUUGUGAAUAUCGAAAAGGGUACUUUUAUUCUUUGAAAUUGCUGGUGUGCACAUGAAGGAAUGUUUAUAUGAUUUAUUUUACAUAUACAUGUGUACCAAAAUCCUUAACCAUGACAGCACUCUUGUAAAUAACAAUUUAGUACACAGUGUUUGUUUUAUUUCAUACAGAAACAUGUGUCCUCCUGAAUUUUGUGGUUGGGUAAUGAAAGGAAAUCUGAAAAGCACUUAGUCACAAUUUCUAUAUGUAGGACAGUAGGAAACCUUUUUUUUAAUUGUUAUGGAGGCAAAGUUAAAUCCUGUGCUUAAGGUGGCUUGAGAACUUUCUAGAUCCCUGCAGAGUAGAGCAGCUGCAUCCAGAUAGUUUCCGCACUGUGCAUUCUACUACUACAAGUUACUUUUAAACACUGAAGAUCUGCAAGUUGUUUGCAGGAAUGAAGCCUCACAGUGCUAGAGUUCUCUCUGUCCCUGGUGCAGACAACACCUCACACUUCCCAGUGACGAAAGGAGAGUCUGUGAGUGUGCAUAUGCAAAGUGUAGCAUCUUAGAAAAUUCUCAAGCCAGAACUCCCACCUUCUGUACUCCUAAAGAAUUUUGGUCCAUAUUCCCAAAGAGAGAAAUGAUAGAUGGAAGAUGACCAGAGGACUCUGAACUCCAAUUCUGUCAGGACCUGAAGAGAGAAGAGGAAAAAGGACGGAUAUUCAGAAGUACUAACAGGUGUAGGUGUGACUUGGAAAGGAAGAGAAGGCAGGCCCAUGGAGGAAAAAUGAACAAAUAUGUACACAUAUAGACAGAUAGGUAUAGAAAUAAUAGUCAACCCACAUCUACACUCCUAAGAGAACUGCUGUAGCUUCCAAUGGAAGGAAUGGGAACAUACAACUCCAGUGGUGGGGAUGGUGCAGUUGUACCCUUGUUAUCUUGUAGUUUUGCAAAUGAAUACUAAAUCACUAAUACAAAAUAAAAAAGAAAAUGUAGCAUCUUCUCCAAGCCUGGUCCAAAGAAAGCAGUCACUCUGUCUCCCUGGUCAGCAGUCUUGUCCCUGUUUGUGGCCGCCCUGGCAUUCAGACCACUGGCAUGGCUUCUAUGUUCCAUCUUCUGCGUGGUCACUUUGCUUCUACCUUCAAUGGAAAGUCAGUCCAUUGAUUCCUUAUUCCCGCUGUGCUUCCCAAUGUGCUUCUACUCAGCUUCUAUCUUAAAGUGUAAUCCUGUGAUUCCAAGUCAGCAAAGUAGGAAUGCUGUCUUCAGAAACAUAGUCUUUACUGAGGAGAUAGCACAAUGGUUCUGCAAAAAGACAUUCAUGCCUGAAGCAGCAAAGGUUUCAGGUUCAGUCCCCAGUACCACCAUCUGCCAGAGCUGUGCAGGACUCUAGGGGAAAACAACAAACAAAAUAAAAUGGGGAAAAGACCCAACUGAUCUGCUCAAUUAGUCUUCCUAGUGACACCUGCUUUGUUUAAAUGCCUAGCUUCUCUAGCUGGAAUGCCAGCUCUGCUUUCCAGGGAGGACGUUUUUGAUAAACCAGCUGGUGUUCAUCUGUGUAAUUUCUUUAAUAAAAGGAAAAUAUGGAGAGAUAA